UCACACCCCACUUCCGAGCCGCUCGUUUCCCGCCCUCUCGCUGUAUCUGUUACAUUCCUGUCGCACAGUGUAUCAAAGGCACUUUGUAUCCAGUUGCACUUCAUACCAGCAUCUCUGUUGGAUUACAACGCACUUAACAGUUAUCGUUUAUGUUUGUCAAAAGCAGAAGCGAGGAAAGGAGCGCGUCACUUUGUUCCCGUCAUCAGGAACAUCAGUAAACAGCAGAAAUGGCAGAAGCCCAUCAGGCUGUGGCGUUUCAGUUCACCAUCACUCCUGAAGGCAUCGACCUGCAGCUUUCCCAUCAGGCCCUGCGACAGGUCUAUCUGUCAGGCCUACGCUCGUGGAAGAAACGUGUCACACGGCUCAAGAACAGCGUGAUCACCGGUGUGUAUCCCGCCAGUCCCUCCUCAUGGCUAUUUGUUGUGAUUGCGAUCUUGGCCACCAUGUACACACGGUCGGACCCUUCAAUGGGCCUCAUCGCCAAAAUACAAGAGCAUCUACCGGUCAGUGAUUCUCUGAGCGUUCAGUGCCGGACGAUGGUUUCUGCUGUGCUGUUCAGCACUCUGCUCUGGUUCUCGCUCAUCUUCACCAUGAGGCUCUGUCUGAAGCAGUUGCUGUCGUACCACGGCUGGAUGUUUGAGCAGCACGGGAAAGUGUCCAACACCACCAAAAUCUGGGCAGCUAUGGUGCGGAUCUUCUCUGGCAGGCAGCCUCUGUUGUACAGCUAUCAGGGCUCUUUGCCAAACCUGCCAGUUCCUGCGGUAAAGGACACAGUGAAGAGGUACCUGGAGUCUGUGCGUCCACUGAUGAAUGACUCUGAGUACGAGCGGAUGACGGAGCUGGCCAGAGAGUUUGAGAGCAGUCUGGGAAACCGCCUGCAGUGGUACCUCAAGCUCAAAGCACUGUGGGCCUCCAACUAUGUCAGUGAUUGGUGGGAGGAGUAUGUCUACCUGAGGGGGCGUGGCCCAAUCAUGAUCAACAGCAACUACUAUGGAAUGGACUUUCUGUACGUGACGCCUACCCCGAUUCAAGCGGCGCGAGCAGGAAAUACUCUGCACGCGUGUCUCUUGUACCGCAGGAAACUCAACCGAGAGGAAAUCAAACCUAGUCGUGUUCCCGGUUUAAAUAUUCCUUUGUGUGCUGCUCAGUGUGAGAGGAUUUUCAACACCACACGCAUUCCAGGAGAAGAAACCGAAUCCCCUGGGCUCAGACUAGGAAGGAGUUCUUUGGCUCAGGUGUGAAUAAGAGAUCUCUGGACUGCAUUGAGAAAGCUGCCUUCUUUGUGACUCUGGAUGAUGAUGAGCAAGGCAUGAUGGGAGACGAUCCUGCCGGAAAUCUGGACCGCUAUGCCAAAUCCCUGCUGCACGGCAAGUGCUACGACAGGUGGUUUGAUAAGUCCUUCACUGUGGUGUUGUAUAAAAACGGGAAGAACGGCCUGAACGCGGAACACUCCUGGGCGGACGCUCCUAUAAUGGCUCAUCUGUGGGAGUAUGUGAUGACCACCGACUGUUUCCAGCUGGGUUAUAAUGAAGAGGGUCACUGUAAAGGAGACGUGGCCCCGACUCUGCCUCCUCCAUCCAGACUGACCUGGGACAUCCCUGCACAGUGUCAGGAGCGUGUGCAGCGCUCUCUCGCUGUGGCUCAGGCUCUGGCCGACGAUCUCGACUUUCACGUGUUUCCCAUUCAAGAGUUUGGCAAAGGCGCCAUCAAGAAGUGUAAGAUCAGCCCAGACGCCUUCAUUCAGAUCGCUCUCCAGCUGGCAUAUUACAGGAAUCGAGGCACUUUUAGUCUGACGUAUGAGGCGUCGAUGACCCGUUUGUUCCGCGAGGGCCGCACGGAGACCGUUCGCUCCUGCACCAGCGAGAGCUGUGCUUUCGUCAGAGCGCUGGAGGGUGGAGAGAGUAAGGAGGUUUGCCGGCGUCUUUUCCGGACAGCAUCAGAGAAACAUCAGCAGCUCUACAGGAUGGCCAUGACCGGAGGAGGGAUAGACAGACACCUUUUCUGCCUCUACAUCGUCUCUAAAUACCUGGGAGAAGAGUCGCCCUUCCUUAAAGAGGUGCUUUCAGAUACGUGGCGUCUGUCCACCAGUCAGACACCUCUCCAGCAGGUGGAGCUGUUUGACUUUGUGAAUCACCCAGACUACACCACCUGUGGAGGAGGAUUUGGGCCGGUUGCUGAUGACGGUUAUGGUGUGUCCUACAUCAUCAUCGGAGAAAACAUGAUCAACUUUCAUAUUUCCUGCAAACACUCCUGCCCUCAGACUGACGCUCACAAGUUUGGCGCUUACAUCAAGAAGGCUCUGGUGGAUCUUCUGGAGCUGAUGUCUCCAGACAAGCAGGAGGUGUCCAAAACUGAGCAGAACCACUCCAAAAACAGCAAAAAGCAGCUGUAGAGGUAGAGCAGGUCGCCCAUGACCGUCUCGAGAAGAAGACAUGAGGGCGUGUAGAGAUAUAUAGGAAGAAGCGUGAGUGAAUGAGUGUGCGUUUGUUUGCCUGAAUGCAUUCGUUCAUUCAUUCCAUGCUUGUAAAAAUCGAUGCCAUGAAGCCAUGAAUUAUGUAGACAAUGGUGGAAGCUGCUUCGUCUAAAGCUGUGUUUAGUAGAAACGUAUAAUAGAGGAUUAAAUGCGAGAGCUAGUUUGAUAGUGUGGGGACCACUUACGUUCAGUUAGGUAUUAUAAAUUUGGUCCUUACCUUUAAAUGUAAUGAAGAAUCAAAUUUAUUAGAGCACAUUAACUCCAGGCUGAUGGGAGUUGAUGUAAACUGUCUAACCACUUGAGUUCAUAGCAUAGUUCACCUGAAAAUGAUAUUUACUCACUGUUCACUCACUUUACUCACUGUUUACUCAGCUUUGAGGGGUAUCAGGGAUUAUUUUUGUCUGUUGAACACACACACACACACACACACACACACACACAAGAUAUUUAUAAGAAUGUUGCCGAAUUGGAAGCCAUUGACUUCAGUAGUAGGAAAACACAUAAUAUGAAAGUGAAUGGCUUCAGCAUUCUUUAAAGUAUCUUCUUUCGUGUUCAACAGAAAAAAAGUCUAUUGGGAUUAAGUAAACAGUGAAUAAAUGUUCAUUUUGGGUGAAGUAUUUCUGUAAUAUUUAUCGUUUUAUAGGUUGAGUUAAAGGGGUAGUUCACCAAAAAAAA